AUGAACGUUUUCCGACUCACCGGGGACUUGUCCCACCUGGCAGCCAUCAUCAUCCUGCUGCUGAAGAUCUGGAAGAGCCGAUCCUGUGCCGGUAUUUCUGGAAAGAGUCAGCUUCUGUUUGCUCUGGUGUUUACCACUCGGUACCUGGAUCUCUUCACUUCGUUCAUUUCAUUGUACAACACUUCUAUGAAGCUGAUCUACGUUGCUUGCGCAUAUGCAACAGUUUAUCUCAUAUACAUGAAGUUCAAGGCUACCUACGAUGGAAAUCAUGACACAUUCAGAGUGGAAUUUCUCAUCGUUCCUGUUGGUGGAUUGUCCGUCCUUGUCAAUCAUGACUUCUCUCCCCUUGAGAUCCUUUGGACCUUUUCUAUCUACCUGGAGUCUGUUGCCAUCCUCCCUCAACUAUUCAUGAUUAGUAAAACAGGUGAAGCGGAGACCAUCACUACUCAUUACUUAUUCUUCUUGGGCUUGUACCGUGCCUUGUAUCUUUUCAACUGGAUUUGGCGCUAUGCUUUUGAAGGCUUCUUUGACCUGAUUGCCAUUGUUGCAGGCGUGGUACAGACCAUCCUGUACUGUGAUUUCUUUUACUUGUAUGUUACGAAAGUACUAAAGGGGAAGAAACUGAGUUUGCCAGCAUAA